AUUUUCAAACAUUUCUUUUCCAAACUUUCGUUUUGAAGCAAAAUAUUUUGAAUUAUUUUCUCUCAAUUGCAAGGAAAUACACGAGCUUUUCUAGCGAAAUAUGUCGCACGACGUGACCGUAAACUUCAACGGCAAAUCAUUUAACCUUCGUUUUCAACCAUCCUGGACAAUCGCUCAACUAAAACACGAAAUUGCUCGCAAGAAAAAUGUCAAAACUGCUGGAAUUAAAAUAAUUUUUGCCGGUCGAGAAUUACCCGAUGAAUUAACACUCGGGAAUGCAGAGAUGAACCACAGCGUCAUUCAUGCUGUUCAGAAAUCUGGUCAGAUCUCAGUUGAUGCAACUUACAAUGCGAAUGAUGGUUUGACGAAAGUGAAACUGACACAGGAUGACGAAGAUGAAGAUGGUGAAUCUCAACAAUCAGGCAAGCAAAGUUUCUUCUUUGUUUAUUGUAAAACUUGCAAGAAACUAACACGAGGAAAAUUGCGAUGUCGAUGUUCAAAUUGCAAGGAAGGAAGCUUUGUUCUAUCACAGGGUCCAAAUGGUUGGGACGAUGUAUUGAUCAAAGGCCGCAUGCAGGGACAAUUUGAAUCCAAUACAAACUGUCAGGGAAAAACAGCUGAAUUUUAUUUCAAAUGUGGAGAACAUCAUGGUAGAGAUGAACAGGCGCCAUUAUCAAUGUUGAAAUCUAACAUCAGAAAUAUCCCCUGCAUCACAUGCUCUGAAACAUCAUCAAAGAUGUUUGGAGUUGUUAAGAUCGUUGUUAUAUUCCUAGUCUUUGCAGAUAAUGCGGUUGAAUGUUUUAAACUUGGUCAGCUUUGCAGCUCAAAUGGUAGAAAUUCAAUCCGUGAAUGUGACAGUCAGGGUUGUGGUGAUUUCGGAACACCAAGAGGUUCUCGUACACACAAUGGUGUCGACAUAAUUUGCAAACCAGGAGUUCUGUCAUGACACCAUUUGCUGCGAAGAUCUGACGAAAAUCACGUUCUUAUUCAAACAACAACAAACCAUAUAACAAUGGAUUGUAUAUUCAAGGAAGCGGAGAAGCCGAAGGUAUCAUCUCUCUCACAUUAACAACCAAAUUCAUAUUAGGCACGGGAAAUUCAUCUUAGACAGGAAAGUUGAUUGUAAAAACCCGUCUUAAUAUGACUUGGAAUGGAUAUAAAAUUUACACGUGUGAUGGGUCGGGUAAUGCUAAAA